CGUACGAUUUAACAUUAUAUAAACAUGCCAACGUGCAAAUCAAGUUCCAUGCUUGUUUUCGAAAAAAUUGAAGAUGUUUGAAGAAUUGUUACCCUCCCAGAUUAUUACAUGCACUGUAGUAAUUGGUUUAGCUUGCUUGGUCUAUAUAUUCUAUGGAAAUAGAAGGGCGAAGCAGACUGACAAACAACCCAAGCCUCGUACCGAGAAACGAGAGAGAAAAAUAGACGAACACAGGAAGAGAAAGAUAAAAAUAUUGUACGGAACUCAAACAGGAAAGUCAAAGCAUUUUGCGGAUAGUUUUAAGAAAGAUGCUGUUUACAAGGGAUACCUAUGUGAAGUGGUGAAUGUGGAGAACUAUGACCCAGAUGAACAAUUGGCAUAUGAACGUGAAAACAUAACUUGCCUUGUGAUAUUUGUAUCCACGUACACAGAAGGAACGCCACCUAAAGGAGCAGAGUGGUUUGUGAAGUGGUUAGAGGAAAGUGCCUCAGAUUUUAGAGUUCAGAAAAGUCUGUUGAAUAAUUUACAAUAUGCUGUUUUUGGCCUUGGAAAUUCUCUCUAUGGCAGUAACUUCAAUACUGUAGGAAAGCGAAUUGAUGACUGUUUGCACAAGCUUUCUGGGAGGAGAGUUUUGACAGUUGGUCUAGGAGAUGAAAAUGUAUCUCAAAGCUGUCACGGAAGUCUGGAAAAUGAUUAUAGUGCAUGGAAAAGAGAUUUUUGGAAGAAAUGGAAGGGAGACAAUUCUUCUUGUCAAGAAGACGAUAAGAAUUCCAAAUGUGGUACUGAUUGCAACUGCCAUGAAAAGGAUGAUAUUGGAUCAGAUGAUGAUGAGAGCGAUGGUGAAUUGAAAGAAGGGGCUACUGAAAGUGAUAUUGUUGAUGUUGAGGAUCUUGGCAGAGUCAUGGCGAAAGCUUCUGGAAAGACUGUAUCAAAAAGUGAACCGACAGAGAUGAUAACACCACUUAUAAAGACAUCUUUGGAAAAGCAAGGUUACAAACUGAUUGGAUCGCACUCAGGAGUCAAAUUAUGCAGGUGGACAAAGUCCAUGCUACGUGGUAGAGGGGGAUGCUACAAGCACACAUUUUAUGGCAUCGAAAGUCAUAGAUGCAUGGAAACAACACCUAGCUUAGCUUGUGCCAACAAGUGUGUGUUCUGUUGGAGACACCAUACCAAUCCUGUCGGCACAGAAUGGAGGUGGAAAAUGGAAGAUGCUGAAUUUGUACUGAAGGGAGCAUUGCAAAAUCAUGUUUCCCUUAUCAAACAAUUCAAAGGGGUACCUGGUGUUCAGCCUGAUCGGUUUGCGGAGGCCAUGACACCUCAGCAUUGUGCGUUGUCACUGGUUGGAGAACCCAUUAUGUAUCCAGAAAUAAACAAAUUCAUCAACCUUUUACAUGGCAAAGGAAUUUCAUCAUUUUUGGUUACCAAUGCUCAGUUCCCGGAAGCUAUAAGAGACUUAUCUCCGGUCACACAGCUGUAUGUUAGUGUAGAUGCCAGUACAAAAGAUAGUUUGAAAAAAAUUGAUCGCCCGCUGUUUCGAGAUUUCUGGGAUCGGUUCUUGGACAGUCUAGAUGCUUUGUCAGCAAAAUGUCAGAGAACUGUGUACAGAUUAACUUUAGUCAAGGCCUGGAAUACUGAUGAGUUGGAUAACUAUGCACAAUUGGUGUACAGGGGUAAACCUGAUUUUAUUGAGGUAAAAGGUGUUACAUAUUGUGGCGAGUCAAAGGCAUCAAAUCUUACGAUGAAAAAUGUGCCGUGGCACACUGAGGUGGUCAACUUUGUUCAAGAGCUGUUGAAUAGACUGGAUGGUGAUUACGAGAUAGCCUCAGAACACGAACAUUCAAACUGUGUUCUGGUUGCCAAUACAAAAUUUCUUGUUGAUGGAAAAUGGUGGACGUGGAUUGACUAUCCGAAGUUUCACUCGCUAAUCAAGCUGUACCAAGAGAGUGAUGGAAAAGAGAAGUUUUCGGCCACAGAUUACAUGGCACCAACUCCAGCAUGGGCUGUGUUUGGGGCCGAGGAGAGGGGCUUUGAUCCCAAAGAAGUCAGACAUUUUAGGAAAAAACAGAAAGAAUAAGAUGUUAAAUGUUUAGGUCACCUAAGCAGAAUUUUCUGAUCUCCAGUCGUCUGUCGUUACUUUUCAAUACUUACUGUGAAAUCAUAGUACUUUUGUGUAUGUAGUAUUGCAUUAUGUUGCUAUGACAGACCCGAUCAAAGAAGAUCUGUAACAUGAUCAAAAUAUUUUAAGAAAGUGUCUUGAGUCUUUUUUUUUUUAGAUACUUCAAAAAAGAGACCUUGAUAUAUAUAUGUAUAUAUAAGCAAGCACAGGAAAGGCCACACCACUGUUGGUUAUUUAAACCUUUAAACCUCAAAUUUUCUAAGCAACCCACAUCUUUAUCAGGCUUAAUGUAUCUUUUUAGAUCCGACACUUUAACAACUUAAAGAAGGUGGGUUGUUGUUAGAUUUUGGCUAGAUUUUUCAUUAUACAUGAAUUAUAAAUAUAGGGGCUGGGCUUCCCUAUAAGCAGAUACCUUGUGUUAGAUCAUGACUGGUUGCCUCUGGUGGAGUAAAACUAAGGAUCUAAAAAAAAAUUCACAUGACUAAGAAGGUAAAGAAUCUUUUUUAAUGGCUGGACCAGACUGAUUAAUCGGGUGAGCAAUGUGACCCACUGGGUCACGUUUCAAAUAUUCUCUGGAGUGUUGCAAUUUAAAUGUAGAUGUAUCAUUCUAUUGUCUAUGCUUAUUUCAAAAUUUUAAGGAAUUGUUUUUGUCUUUACAUGCAAUCAAUUAACAGUGAAAAAAAAUCAUUUUGUUCAGAGGAUGUUUGUACUUGCACACUUUUAUUUGAUCUUAUAGAGGCUACUAUAUUCACACUCUUCAGUUUUUCAGAACUUGGAUGUAUCAUUCCUUUAAAUAAGGUCGCUGCAAUGUUAUAGUAUCCUACUUGUCAGCUUUUGACACCAGGACAUUCUUCUGUAACUGCUGUACAGAACUGUCAACUGUUGUGUGUAUUACCUGAGCAGUGAUGAUAGAAUUUCAAUUGUCUUGUUUUACUGUAACAGUUUUCUAAUUUGAGCUUGUAAAGACGAUAGCUUGUUGUUUUGACAACUUUGAUUUUUCUUUAACACAUUUGCUUGUAUUGUUAUGAUCUUAAAAUUUUAACAUUUAUAGAACAGGUAUAAUUUUGAACUUUCGGACAGAAAUAAAAUUUCGAACAUCGUAA